CUUGGGCCUCUACCCAAAGAAAACUUGCACUCGAGAAUUAAACCUUCCUUUCCCUCCACGCUACCUCACACACUCCUCUGGCUCCCCCAAAACACCAAGAAGCAGAAGAAGAAAGAAAGCCAAGAUGUUGAAAGCAGUAGGUCUGUUCGGGCGCAGCAGCAACAACAAGAAGAACCCCCGGCCCUUCAAGGACUACUACGCCGAAUGGCUGACCACCCUCAAGUCCUCCCUCCUCCCUUCCCUCCGCCAAUCCCUCUCCGACGCCUCCUCCCUCUCCCACCUCUCCCUCCACGUCGACGCCCUCCACCGCCACUUCCUCUCCUACUACGACUCCCUCGACUCCGCCGCCCAGUCCGACGUCGCCCAGCUCCUCUUCCCCGACUGGCGCAACCCUCUCGAGAAGCCCUUCCUCUGGCUCGCCGACCUCCACCCCUACCUCUUCACCAACCUCCUCCGCUCCUUCCUCGACUCCGCCUCCGACGAAGAUUCCGACGCCGACUCCGACAGCCUCGUCGUCCAGUUCGGCGACCGCCCCUGGCACAUCGCCACCGCCUGGCGCAGCCCUUCCUCUUCUCUCACGCAAAAGGUCGAGCAGGUGGAGUGCGGUCUCAGGCUCAUGGUCCCUGCGCUGGCGGCGCGUGCGAGGGAGGCGCAGGCCGCGUUCGUGGAGCGCGUGGCGAGGAACUGGGGGCCUUACGACGCCGGGAAGAAGGAGGCGGCGAAGGCGGUGAUGGCGGAGGCGAUGGAGGCGGAGAUGGAGGAGAUGGUGAGCGUUCUGGUGGAUGCGAAUAGGCUGAGGAGGAGUGUUCUUGCCGAGAUUGUUGGGGCCGCCAGUGUUUACCAGGCCGCUCUGUUUCUUGAAGGCCUGGCCCAAUUUCUCGUUGGGUUCAGAAACCCGGAAUUGCUUGCUCAGUUUGAUCAGUGCAAGACUCCUCUCAGUAAGCAAUGCCGCUUGGCUAUUUGAUUCUGGGGAAUUAAGGUUGGAAUUCUUUGAGGGAGUGGACACAUUCUUUCUGUCAAUUGUGAGUAGUGAAGUUUCCUUUUUCGAUUUGGUAUGCAUUGUUGUGUAUGUAAAAGAUGAAUCUUUGUGAAUGUGAAUGAUUUGGUGCCUGAAUCAGUGUUCUUUUGUAAUGAAGUAAUUUUGAUCAUUGACAUAGUAUUGUUCUUGAGAUGCAAGGCAAAUAGCAAGUAGUAUACUAUGGAAGACAUACAAGUUUUUCAGUUUACUAAUAAAGUU